AUGAAAGCCACUUUCACUUACUUUCUUGUGCUUCUCCUCAUUGCACUUGUUUGUGCCAAUGUCGGUGCUCGGAAACUUAUAUCCGGAGAUAUCCAGUUUAAGGAUGAAAAAUCCUUCCUUGGCGGAAGCGGUGGUGGUCUAGGGCUUGGCCUUGACGGAGGAGCUGGUCUUGGUGGGCUUGGGAUUACGGCUGGGAUAGGAGCCGGAGCUGGACUAGGGUUAGGUGGAGGUGGCGGGGGUGGUGCUGGACUUGGAGGCGGUGGUGGACUCCUCGGUGGAGGCUUUGUUGGAGGAGCCGGUGGUGGUGUUGGUCUCCCUUGA